CAAGAUCCCUAAUUAACCAAAAUAAAUCAAAUCAAAUCAAUCUUAUAAGAAAAAUAAAAAUCUAGUUUAUAUCCUCCAAAUCUCCCCGAAUGAUUUCUUUAUAUUUAUGAUAUAUAAAAUAUAGAGAGAGAAACACACCCAUCUCUCUUGUUUUUAGGAUCGUCCUAUAUCAUAUAUAAAUACAAUCUCUCUCUAGAUUAUAUGUGGAUUGAUUGAGCAUUUUAAUUUUUUAGAGCUGAGCGAGCGAGUGUGUGAAACCGAAGAUGUCUCUAUCCCGCACGUGCUCUCAGUGCGGCAACAACGGCCACAACUCUCGAACAUGCAACGACGGAUGCAACGACGGAGGAGGAGAGAACAGCAUCAUGAUUUUCGGCGUUCGACUCACCGGAGGAACCAACACAGCCACCAACCACACCAACCCGUUCAGAAAAAGCGCGAGCAUGACCAAUCUCUCUCAAUACGAUCAACCCACGCCUCAAGAUUCCAACGCCGCGGACGCCGGAUAUGUCUCCGACGACAUCGUUCAUGCCUCCGGCAGAUCCCGAGAACGCAAGCGAGGUGUUCCUUGGACGGAAGAAGAACACAAGUUGUUCUUGUUGGGAUUGCAACAGGUUGGUAGAGGUGAUUGGAGAGGAAUUUCUAGAAGCUUUGUUAAAACUCGCACACCAACGCAGGUGGCAAGUCAUGCUCAGAAAUAUUUCCUCCGCCGUCAUAACCAGAACCGCCGCCGCCGGAGAUCUAGUCUCUUUGAUAUCACCACCGAUACAGUGGUAGAAUCUUCUACUAUGAUGGAAGAAGAUCAAUUUCAGCCAGAAACGGUAGCGCCCCUGCCUCCACCUACCCCAAGCGUAUAUCCGUCUUCACAUUACGGUGGCAUCCCGGGGACACCUUUUCCGAUGGGUCUUAGUCCGGUAGCAUUACCGGUAAUCAAUGGUGAAAGAGCAGGCAAGCCAAUUAGGCCAACACCAAUGUUGCCUCCUUCUUCUAAGAUGGCUAAUUUGAAUUUGAGAGACAAAGCUGCUGCAUCUUCUUCUUCUUCCAUUGAGCCUUUGCCAUUGUCAUUGAAGCUGCAACCUCCGUCCAAGGAUCAUUCUCCGGAAAGCAGCGGCCAUUCGUCGCCGUCGGCUUUUAGAACUAUGUCUGCAGGGAAGUAUAGUGGUGGGGGUGGGGAUAGCAUUAUCAGUGUUGCCUGAAAAUAUAGUUUGGUUAUGGUUUUUUUUGGUUGACUUGGGUUUGUAAAUUGAGGGCAAAGUUGGAAAUAUACCCAAGAGGAAAAAAAAUAGAAAGACAUUAGUUAUUUAGUGGAGAGAAUAAUAUAAAAUAAUAUAAGUAGGAUGGGGAAAGAGAAGAUAGGGUUAGGUUAUGUAGGUGAUUAAUUGGAUGGGGAAAGAUAAAAUCUAAAAUAUUGAAUGGGUGUGUUGGGGGAUUCUUGUUUCUAUUUGGUCUGGGGGAGUGUGAGGUUGAAGUGAUAGGGCAGUAGUGGGUACUUCUGGUCUCCUAUUGGUUUGUUUCUUUGCAACUUGGUGUAUUGGUUUUUAAAUAUUGACAGAAUAAUAUUUAUGCUUUUUA